UUGUCAUCACUUUAUGUUCACCGCUCUCUUCUUGACUGAGGGACUGUGGCUCUUGCACUUUGAUAAAAAACGUGUUUGUUUUCAAGUCCUAGACUGUGAAAAAUUUCAAAAUUAACAAAAAUAAUCAUUUGUGAAUUUUUGUAAAAUUAAAAGAAAAUCAAUAACAUGAAGACAUCACUCACAGCCAAGGAAAUCCGAUCAUUCUUCUUGGAUUUCUUCAAGGAGAAGGAACACACUUAUGUCCACUCGUCCAGUACUAUUCCUCUAGAUGAUCCAACGCUCCUGUUCGCCAAUGCCGGUAUGAAUCAGUAUAAACCGAUUUUCCUGGGUACGGUCGAUCCGAACAGCGAAAUGGCCAAAUGGGUUCGUACGACCAAUACCCAAAAGUGUAUUCGUGCCGGUGGAAAGCACAACGAUCUCGACGACGUCGGCAAAGAUGUCUACCAUCAUACAUUCUUCGAAAUGUUGGGUAACUGGUCCUUUGGAGAUUACUUUAAAAAGGAAAUCUGCACCUGGGCAUGGGAAUUCCUGACGGAACGUUUGAACUUGCCGGCUGAUCGAUUGUACGUUACCUACUUUGGUGGUGAUGAAAAGUCUGGCCUCGCUCCUGACAACGAAUGUCGUCAGAUUUGGAUUGAUUUGGGCUUGAAGCCAGAGCAUGUUUUGCCCGGAAGUAUGAAAGACAACUUCUGGGAAAUGGGAGAAACCGGACCAUGUGGACCGUGCUCUGAAUUGCACUACGACCGUAUCGGUGGUAGGAGUGUCCCAGAACUCGUCAACAUGGACGACCCAGAUGUCUUGGAGAUCUGGAAUUUGGUGUUCAUUCAGUACAAUCGUGAGCCCGACAGCAGUCUCAAACCGUUGCCCAAGAAGCAUAUCGAUUGUGGAAUGGGAUUUGAGCGUCUGGUGUCGGUGAUUCAAGACAAGCGAUCCAACUACGACACGGAUCUGUUCAUUCCUCUCUUCGAAGCAAUUCAGAAGGGAACCGGCGCUCCCGAUUAUCAGGGACGUGUUGGAGCUGACGAUUCCGAUGGCAUUGAUAUGGCUUACCGAGUCUUAGCUGAUCACGCUCGAACCAUUACCAUUGCUCUAGCCGAUGGAGGUAUGCCCGAUAACACUGGAAGAGGUUAUGUCCUGAGAAGAAUUUUAAGACGUGCCGUUCGGUACGCAACUGAAAAACUCAAUGCAAAGCCAGGAUUCUUUGCAACUCUUGUUAACACUGUUGUGGAACUGUUGGGCGAUGCAUUCCCUGAGCUGAAGAAAGAUCCACAGCACAUCAUCGACAUCAUCAACGAGGAGGAACAGCAGUUCUUGAAAACACUAUCACGCGGUCGAAACCUUUUGAAUCGCACCAUAACCAAACUUGGUGAUGCCAAAAUCAUUCCUGGCGAUGUUGCUUGGCGUCUAUACGACACCUACGGUUUCCCUGUCGAUCUAACCCAACUAAUGGCCGAAGAGAAGAACAUGGAAAUAGACAUGGAAGGUUAUGAGGCCGCCAAGCAAAAUUCCUACAUUCUUUCGCAAGGCAAGGGGUCGAGUAAAAACGACGAAAUCAACAUUGAUGUGCAUGGAAUCUCGGAGCUGCAAGGCAAAGCCAUAGCACCUACAAACGACUCAUUCAAAUACCAAUAUUCCGCCAAGUCGGAUGAACGAGAAGCUGAAUACGAAUUCAGGCAUUGCAACGGCAAAAUCGUCGCUAUCCGAUAUGAGAAUCAAUUUGUCAACGAAGUUACAUCGGGACAGAAAUGUGGCCUCGUAUUGGACAAGACGAAUUUCUAUGCCGAAAGUGGCGGACAGAUAUUUGAUCAAGGUGUCAUGGUCAAGGUCGACGAAGAGGAGAACGAGUUCUUGGUCGAUCGGGUGUACAAUCGUGGUGGGUACAUCCUGCACAUUGGAGUGGUAGAGGGAACACUCAAAGUUGGAGACAGUUUGAAUCUUCAAAUUGAUGUGGCCCGGAGAAGUCUGACCAUGAAGAAUCAUUCAGCCACUCAUGCUUUGAAUCAUUGCCUGUUGCAAGUGCUGGGCAAAGACACCGAACAGAAGGGUUCUCUUGUUGUGCCCGAGAAGUUAAGAUUCGAUUUCAAUACCAAGGCAGCCAUGACCAUAGAACAGGUUGCUAAGACGGAGCAACUGACUCGUGAUAUGGUCUACAAAAAUGUGCCCAUCUAUGCAAAGGAAUCUAGUUUAAGUGUCGCCAAGUCGAUUCGUGGACUUCGUUCUGUAUUCGAUGAAGUCUAUCCGGAUCCAGUGAGAGUUAUUUCGUUCGGAGUUCCUGUUGAAGAUCUGGAGGCCAAUCCAGAAGGUGACGCUGGUGAAAAGACAUCUGUGGAGUUCUGCGGCGGCACCCACUUGCGUCGAUCCGGCCAUAUUGUGGACUUUGUUAUCAGCAGUGAAGAAGCCAUCGCUAAGGGAAUUCGCCGCAUCGUAGCGCUUACUGGACCCGAAGCCGUAAAAGCACUCAAAAAGACUGAAAGCUUUGAAAACGAAAUCAACUCCUUAAAGACGAUCAUUGAUGCCGACAAAGAGGGCAAGAGUUCCAAGGAUCACGUGAAGAGGAUUGUAGAACUUACCGAGACCAUCUCACAGGCCCUCAUUCCGCACGUCAAGAAGGACGAGAUGAGAAAUGUCUUGAAAAACUUGAAAAAGACCCUCGAUGACAAAGAACGCGCCGUCAAGGCUGCCGUUGCAGUCACUGUUGUCGAAAAGGCCAAAGAAAUUUGCCAGGCCAAUUUGAAUGCUCCAGUGAUUGUCCAGCAGUUGGAAGCAUUUAACAACACUAAAGCUCUCGAUGCUGCCCUCAAACAAGUACGUGCCUUAAGCCCAGAAAGUUCGGCUAUGUUUGUUUCAGUGGAUGCUGACGCAAAAAAGAUUUUCUGCUUAACGUCGGUGCCAAAGGCUGCUGUCGAAAAGGGUCUCAAGGCAAACGAAUGGGUUCAACAUAUCUCAGCAGUUCUAGGAGGCAAAGGAGGUGGCAAGGCUGAAUCUGCUCAAGCAUCUGGACCCAACUACGAGAAAGUCGACGAGGUACUUAAGCUAGCAUCGGAAUUCGCACAGACUAAGUUGAGCGCUUAAAUUCUUAUCAAAAUAUUUACCUUCUGCAUUUUAUUUUUCUCAAAAAUUAUACACAAUACACAGCUUUUACAUUGAAUAAAAUUCGUUAAGGCUUUUCUUUUAUAACUAUUUAAA